AUGACAAACGGUGGCAUGGUUUUCUUCCAAGUUCUAUUCCAAGUCCUAAUGCUUAAGGAAAGCAUCUACGAAAAUUGGAGUAUCAAGAAGAAGGCACUCCUUAGAGCGCAUGACGUUUGGGAGGUUGUGGAGAAAGGCUACGAUGAGCCAAGCGACGAGUCUGCUCUAUCCACAACACAAAAGGAUAGCGUAAGAGAUUUGCAAAAGAGAGACAAGAAGACUCACUUCCUCAUCUAUCAAGCUUUAGAUGAAGAUGGAAGCUCGAGGUUUCAUAUAAGGGAGAAGAGAAAGUUAAAAAGGCAUUAUGCGAAAGAAUGUAGAACACCUAAGAACAAAGUUAAUGAAAGAGUCAACUACAUAAAAGAAAAAGGAGAAGAAGAUGGCACUCUACUUCUAGCAUACAAGGACAAUGAAAAAGGUGAAGAUAAUACAUGGUACAUAGACACCGGUGCAAGCAACCAUAUGUGUGGGAGACGAAGCAUGUUCGUAGAGCUUGACGAAUCAGUAAGCGACAAUGUGUCUUUUGGAGAUGAAUCCAAGAUAGAGAAGAAAGGAUAUGAUAUUCACUUGAAAGAAAAAACUCUUUUCUUAAAAGAGAAUAUUGGUAACGAAGCGUCAAAGCGCCUGAUAUAUAGUUACAGCAAGAGUUUUAAUGCCUUCGCCGCCAUGCUCUCCGAUGAUGAAGCAAAGAAGUUAACUGGCAUGGAAGAACUGGUGUCUGUGUUCCCUAGCAAGCAAAGACAACUUCACACCACAAGAUCAUGGAACUUCAUGGGGUUCCCAUCAAGCGCUCCGCGUGGUCCCUUCGAGUCAGAUGUUAUCGUCGGCAUGAUCGACACAGGGAUCUGGCCCGAGUCCCAGAGCUUCGACGACGCUGGCUUUGGCCCGCCGCCCCGCAAGUGGAAGGGCACAUGUCAGUCCAACCACAACUUCACAUGCAACAAUAAGAUCAUUGGAGCUCGGUACUACCACCUUCAUGGAAAUAUAAGUGAUGAUGAGAUACCCUCCCCACGUGACAAUGAGGGCCACGGCACUCACACUUCCUCCACAGCCGCCGGCCGUCUUGUCACAAAUGCAAGCCUAGCAGGCAUUGCACAGGGAACUGCUCGCGGGGGCGUCCCUUCUGCAAGAAUUGCAGUUUACAAAGUCUGUUGGUUUAGUGGAUGUUCCGAAGUCGACAUUCUCGCCGCCUUCGAUGAUGCCAUCGCCGAAGGUGUCGACAUCAUCUCUAUUUCGAUUGGUGGUGGCGGGGACUACUUCCAGGACCCCAUAGCCAUAGGAUCUUUCCAUGCGAUGAAGAACAACAUUCUGACCGCGAGCUCCGCAGGGAACUCUGGUCCUACUAAUUCCAGCGUUGGGAAUUACGCGCCAUGGCUUCUUACUGUGGCAGCGAGCACCAUUGACCGCAAGAUCGUUGCACAAACUAAGUUUGGUAAUGGAGUAGAAUUUCAGGGAAUGGCAGUGAACACCUAUGGCUUGGAUGGAGCAAUGUAUCCUUUGAUAUUGGGCGAAAAUGCACCUAACAUUUCAGCAGGUGCCGACCCAUUCCUCUCAAGUUAUUGUGGCGUAGGAAAAUUGGACAGUAAAUUAGUGGAGGGGAAAAUUGUUAUUUGUAGUGGCAUUGGCGACGGCUUGGGGCCGCAGCUUGCAGGGGCGGUUGGAGCAAUCAUGCCGACAAUGGGUGCUAAUGAUGUCUCUUUCGAGUUUUCGCUUCCUGUGUCAGUGUUGGGAUCAGACGGCACCGAACAAGUUUUAAAUUAUGCCAACAAAACUCGCAACGCUACGGCGAGUAUCUCAAAGAGUGAGGCUGUGUUCGAUGCGGCAGCGCCAUAUGUGGCAUCAUUUCGCGGUACAAAUCCUACCACCCCAAAUAUACUGAAGCCGGACCUAACAGCACCAGGGGUGGACAUUUUAGCAGCAUGGUCUCCACUUGGCGUAGAGAAACUCGGAGUUCCUUAUAACAUUAUAUCGGGUACAUCCAUGGCUUGCCCGCAUGCCACUGGGGCUGCUGCCUAUGUCAAGUCAUUUUAUCCAACUUGGUCUUCAGCUGCCGUAAAAUCUGCUCUUAUGACCACUGUAACAGCCUAUGUGAUGAGCUCAACUAAGAAUGUAGACGCAGAAUUUGCCUAUGGAGCAGGUCACAUAAACCCACUCGCAGCUUUGAAUCCUGGUCUAGUCUAUGAUGCUCAAGAGAUAGACUACAUUAAAAUGCUAUGCGGUGAAGGUUAUAGCACCAAAAAUUUAAGACUUGUCACGGGAGAUCAGAGCAGUUGCACCUCUGCAAAUAAUGGAACAGUGUUAGAUCUCAACUAUCCAUCCUUCGCUUUAAAAACACAGCAAGGAAAAUCUUUUUCAACAUCCUUCCAAAGAACAGUCACAAAUGUGGGUGUGCCAAAUUCCACUUACAAGGCUAUAGUGAACGUUCCUCCUAGUCUCAAAGUCAGUGUUGAGCCGAAUGUAUUAUCAUUUGAAGCUUUGUUGGAGAAGAAAUCAUUUUCAGUCCAGCUUGACGGAGAUGCUACAAAGACCCUUAUCUCAGCCACUUUGACCUGGAGUGAUGGUGCUCAUGCUGUCCGAAGUCCGAUUAUCGUGUAUAGUUAUUAA